AUGUUCGAUAUUUCGGAGUAUAAAUCAAAGUACGAUCCUGAAGCGCAUUGGGAGUUGAAGAAGGCAUUUUUUGAGCGCUAUAUGGGUGAAGUGCCGGAGAGUGAAUUGGUCUGUCUCGCGCAAACGUUCAUCAAUGUAGAAAUCCUAGGUUGUACGUACCCUGAAGAAACCAUGAAGAAAUUAGCAGAAAUGCGUGAAGGUAUUCAGGACGCUAUCGAUGAAUUUGAGCGAUUGAAGAAGAAUCGUGCCCAGAAAAUCAUGGUUGGAUCUCAUUCCAGGUACAAGAAGGAUGAUCAAGCAAAGGCGAUGCAAGAAGCGAAGCAAGGUUACCAAACCCGAUCUGGGAAUCCCUGGGAGGCAAAGCGGCAACGCGUUGAAGAACAAGAGGAUAGACCGAAACGGAAACAUUUCUAACCUUGUUUUGCUUUGUAUAAAACGCCUUGAAAGGCGAUUGGCCAUU